GGUGGCUUAUCCAACAUGCUAAAACUCAGGUAUCCAGAGCUCUUCCGGCUGCCCUCACGCAGCCGAAAUUAGUGGGUGCAGACCCGGGCUGUAAAGCAUGGUUUGAGGACACGCCAGAUGGAGGAGGAGAGUCAGGGGUCGGGGUCUCCAGAAGCGGGGAGGAGCCAGCGGAGGAUCUGGGCGCAGUUUCCUCUGUAAGUUCCGCCCCGAGAGCGCCGGCCCCGCCCCCGCCGUUCGCGCUCUGACCAGCCCGCAGAACCAGUCCCCGACCCCGGGCCACCCGGGCCCCCGGGUUCCGCCGGCAAUCUCGCCACCACCGCGUGGGUCUGACAAGAUGUACCAGGUCCCACUGCCACUGGAUCGGGAUGGGACCCUGGUACGGCUCCGCUUCACCGUGGUGGCCCUGGUCACGGUCUGCUGUCCACUUGUCGCCUUCCUCUUCUGCAUCCUCUGGUCCCUGCUCUUCCACUUCAAGGAGACAACGGCCACACACUGUGGGGUGCCCAAUUAUCUGCCCUCGGUGAGCUCAGCCAUCGGCGGGGAGGUGCCCCAGCGCUAUGUGUGGCGUUUCUGCAUCGGCCUGCACUCGGCGCCUCGCUUCUUGGUGGCCUUCGCCUACUGGAACCACUACCUCAGCUGCACCUCCCCGUGUUCCUGCUAUCGUCCGCUCUGCCGCCUUAACUUCGGCCUCAAUGUCGUGGAGAACCUCGCGUUGCUAGUGCUCACUUACGUCUCCUCCUCCGAGGACUUCACCGUCCAUGAAAAUGCUUUCAUUGUGUUCAUUGCCUCAUCCCUCGGGCACAUGCUCCUCACCUGCAUUCUCUGGCGGUUGACCAAGAAGCACACAGUAAGUCAGGAGGUACGGUCUAUCCCUAGCGGGGGCUCCAAGGCAGCCCAGAAGAAAAUCAAGGACAUCUGUCCUCAGGAUUCGGGAUCGCAAGUCCUACAGCUGGAAACAGCGGCUCUUCAUCAUCAACUUCAUCUCCUUCUUCUCGGCGCUGGCUGUCUACUUUCGGCACAACAUGUAUUGUGAGGCUGGAGUGUACACCAUCUUUGCCAUCCUGGAGUACACUGUUGUCUUAACCAACAUGGCGUUCCACAUGACGGCCUGGUGGGACUUCGGGAACAAGGAGCUGCUCAUAACCUCUCAGCCUGAGGAAAAGAGAUUCUGAACCCUUCAGUCCUGCUUGGGAGGAGGCAGCCCACUGCCCAGAAACAAGAUACCAUUCUGGCCUUCCACACCCCACAUCCUCUCUUGGCCUUACUGAAGAUGGGGGAAGGGUAAGAAGGAAGGGCGUAGGCCAAGUCUCACCCCAGUGCUGCUGGCUUCUCCUCUCCACCCCUCAUAUGGGCGUGGGGUCCUCAAACAACAUCACCUUUACCUGAGAGGCCCCAAGAAGCUGAGCUGGCAGAGAGCUCCACCAUUUGGUGCUAAAAAAAACGUCCUGAGGUUCAUGACCACCAUCCAGUUUCUGGCAUUUACAUAGUCACCUUUCACUGAGGUCAGAAGUCCCUGAGCAGUGGCUGCUCCCUGACAACCACAGCCAUUUCUCUGCACAGGGUAAUUCAUAGGACUCAUGUAUUUCAUGAUCUACUGUGCACAUCCAGGCCUGUGGCCACAGUCCCCUGCUAAAGCUGCUCAGGUGUUCUAGUCCUGACUUCACCUUUUUGAUUUGGUGUGUGCCCUAGGGUAUGUACCCUUCCCUGAGCCUCAGUGUGUCCAUGUGUCUGAUGGAGGAUGGGUGGACUGUAUGAUUUCCAAGGGCUCUACCAGUCAGUGGUUCUGAUGUCAUCGGGUGGAGGUGGUGUUCUAUACCUAAAGGAUGACCUGCACCAGAAACAGCACCAGCACAGGAUGUAUUUUCUUCUGAAAGUUCUGACCCCUCCCCUCCUUUGCAAAGGUAUGGGAUAGAGGGGUCAGAUGCAGAUCUCUACUGUAAAAUGGGCUCCCUGGUAUCUCCUGUCUUCCCUACUGCUCCAAACCCUAAAUUUUGGUUGUACAUUUUAAAGGAAAAUAAAUUUUUUUUUGGGCCAACAGUU